AUGGAGCAGCCAGACGACAUCCAUCAUUACAGUGCAAUACGGGUGGGCAAUACCUGGGUAUACAAUGGAGUGGACGGGGAUGCCUUUCGUUUCGGCAUCAAGCCGUCAACAACGUCAUCAAUUUCUACUGUCCACACAACCAAUGGCAGUCCCGCUUUCAACAAGUCAAGGCCGAAUUCUCUCGCUCCGGAAGACGCCCUUUCAUCCCCGGCGUCAUCUCGCUACACCCCUCCUCAAGCGUCUCGAAGAUUUCACGUCUUCUCCCGCUCCUCUCAUUCUUCCGCUUCCGGUUCCACGCCACCGCCCUCCCCAAGAGAACAAGACCCGCCCCAACCAUCGCCUACCCCGCCCACCCCACGAAAACUCCCACCCACCCCGCCCCCACCCUCCCCGAUAAGUCUUGGCCUCCCCCCAGUCCUUCCCCCUCCCCCUGCCGCGGACAUGCCGCCCCCGCUCCCCUCCCGCCCCGCCUCCGCCCUCCCUUCCAGAUCUGUCUCUCCCACCUCCUCCAUGUCGUCGCUCACCUCAGCCACGAUGUGGGAGGAGGGACGAACAGACGGCCAAUCGUCUUCCUCACCGGAAGACAACCCCGCCCUCUCCUCCCCCUCCUUCUUCCGCUCUUCCGGCACGAUCACCGUAGCAGCGUCCCCGAGAAAGUUCAGCCGACAGUUGUCCGAGUCGUCUAUCAAACUCUACUCACCGCCCCAACAUAGGAGGGGAUCCUACGCGACAGACACGCCGUACUCAACACCGCCGUUAUCUCCGAGGCUGCCAUCGACAACAACAGCGGUAUCCUCAGCAGUCAUUUCGCUCUCCACGUCCCAGCAAGCCUCCGAGCAAUCAAAGCCACCAGCUGAAAACUCCUCACCAAAAUCUUCAGAAGCGAAGUCAAAAAAGAACAAAGAAUCAAAAGCGGCUAAACGUAAAGAGAAAAACCAAAACAAGAAAGGUGAAGAAACGAAAGGAGAACAGAAUGUUGCGAUGGCUACCCUUGGUGCAGCGGUCUUGGUGGCGCCUGGACUAAUGCCAGUUCAAGAUCAUAACAGCCACAAGAAGGCAAAAGGCGGGGCGCGGGUAGAGUCUGGGUGCAAAGACUCAGACACCGCUUAUGAAACAGCUUCGGACGAUGAUGACGUGAGAGAACACGUCAAUAUUGUGGACACCGUGGGGUCUUCAGGGAAGAGAUCUGGGUCUCC